GGUCACUUUGAUAGUGCUUGCCAGUAGCUUGCCAAACAGUGCUUUACACGAAUAUUUCUUUAUCUAUUCGUUCUUCGAAAACGGUGCGCCAGCAUUGUGUGCGCGAAGAAUAAUGGCGACCGUCAAUAUUACGGCGUGUAUAGCGAAUCCCACCGUACAGAAGUUCUUCACCGACUUGGGCACUCCAAUUGCGCAAGAAGCUGCCGUGAAAGCCGCUCUCGCAUACGGCCUGCCUGGAGUUUUUGUCGGUUGUAUAUGGCCGCUCGGCCUGGCUGCUCUGAUAAUUAGCACAUGGCGGUUAUUCACCCAUGCUUCCAUUCGCGCCUGGCUGCUAUUUAUUGCAGCCCUCCUGGUUAUCGGCGACUGUACGGUGCAAAGCUGGGCUAAAGCCACUUCACCGAUUCUUCUGACUUCCCAGACGCCGGAGCGAAUGAAAUACAUAGAGCUUUCCAUCAGUAUAGGAAUGAUCAGAAGCACUGUGCUGUUUUCUGCAGCUUCCUGGAGAUUCGCAAUUGUGUAUCCAACUCGCAGCGCACGCCGCAUGAUCAUCUGGGGCAUGUCACUCCUUGCCGUGGCGAUGUUCGUGAUCUCCAUGGGAGUUGGGAUUUCCGACGUCCAUAAGAUGUGGCGUGCAAGUAAGCUUUAUUGGGGCCUGGCCGCUGUUCUCCCUGGGAGUUAUGCGAUCAUUGGCACGGUAACAUUCACUCGCACGAUCCGUAACACCAGCAACGCUCUCAAAGGAGCCCAAGGUGCCCAUCAAGGACUGACUCAGCUGCAACUGUCCAAUAACGUUCUCAUGGUCGCAACGAUUUUGGAUGUAAUCGCCUUGAUUCUUGUUUCACAACUUCUUGAUUCCACGAAAAACCCGUAUGUUCUCCCGGUCUCUAUCGGUCUUUCCGGAUUCUGGACAUUUUUAGAGAACGCUUUCGAGGUUGUUACCAUUGGACAGAAGGUCGUGUCGGCAGCAUCCCCUGUCCAUUCCGUACAAGCCAGUGGGACUGGGGCGACUGGGGGUCGCCCGAAAAAAGAAGCAAUGCCCGGACGGGGGUACUCUCCCACAAACCCCAUGCUUGAGGUAUAAGGUCCGCAAGGGCUGGAAUCAGUGGGGGGUGCUCCACGGAAGCAAAGAGAUGUCUAACGAGAGCAUGAAUAAAAGUCAAAGCGUCUUGAGCUGAAAUAUAUUCUCUGUUGUGCUUUUGAUAUUCAACACAAGUCAUGUGAGCAUUGUAACAAG